GGGCCUAGAGGGCUCCGCGAAAACUGAGCGAGGCAGGCGGCCGGCGGGAACGCCGGCAGCGGCGGGAGAGGCGCCUGGGACAAGCCGGCCUGAGAGGGAACCCCGGUUCCCAGAAAAGCUUGAGGAGGCCGCCUGGAGGGCAGGCAGAGGGCCGGGAGGGCCAUCAUGCCCCCGCUGCUGCACCCCGCCCUGGCUCUGCUCCUGGGCGCCACGCUGACCUUCCGGGCACUCCGACGCGCGCUCUGUCGCCUGCCCCUGCCUGCGCACGUGCGCGCCGACCCCUUGCGCACCUGGCGCUGGCACAACCUGCUCGUCUCUUUUGCCCACUCCAUUGUGUCAGGAGUCUGGGCGCUGCUGUGUGUAUGGCAGACCCCCGAGAUGCUGGUGGAGAUUGAGACGGCAUGGUCGCUUUCUGGCUAUCUACUCGUUUGCUUCUCUGCAGGCUAUUUCAUCCACGACACAGUAGACAUCGUGGUGAGUCGUCAGACACGAGCUUCUUGGGAAUACCUUGUCCAUCACAUCAUGGCCAUGGGUGCCUUCUUCUCAGGAAUCUUUUGGAGCAGCUUUGUUGGUGGGGGCGUCCUAACACUAUUGGUGGAGGUCAGCAACAUCUUCCUCACCAUCCGCAUGAUGAUGAAGAUCAACAAUGGCCAGCAUCUCCUCCUCUACCGAGUCAACAAGUACGUCAACCUGGUCAUGUACUUUCUCUUCCGCCUGGCGCCUCAGGCCUACCUCACCCAUUUCUUCCUGCGCUACAUGGGCCAGCAGAACCUAGGCACCUUUCUGCUGGGCAUCCUGCUCAUGCUGGAUGUGAUGAUCCUCAUCUACUUUUCCCGCCUCCUCCGCUCCGACUUCUGCCCUGAGCGUGUCCCCAGCCGGCAACACAAAGACAAAUUCUUGACUGAAUGAGGCACAGUGCUCACAGGACAGCUAACGAGAGCAACCUCACAAACUGGGACUCAGUCAGUUUCUCCACCUGGAAAGCCUGCACCCACACUAUUCUCAAUAGUAAUGAAUGUACUCCUCUGAAAAGUCCUUGUCCUUUCUUGGGCAAGGGGUGAGGGAAGCAGACAGACCGGUCGGACACGGUCAAUGGGCGCUACCCCAAAGCCAGCCAACCCACACUGCCCUGAAAUAGAUACUAAUGAAAACCAAAAUUAUCAUCCUCCCUGUUCCCCACCACUAACUAUUGGUUUC